UUGUCAAAAAUAAAAGGACACACAUGCGGGUUAGAGUGUGCAAACCAAAAGGAACAACGCCGGAAGUAGUACAAUUAUUAAAUCACAAAUUUGAAACACCUUUUUUCAUUCUCUCUCUGUCUAUCUGUCAAGUCAAAAAAAGAACUCCAAAGUUCCACUCGUGAUCGGUCAUACUUUCAUACAUAAUUCAAUAUUCUAUAAAUAGAUCAUAACACUCACCAACUACCCACCACCACCGCCAACCAACCAUGUCAUCUUCUACUCUUUGCACCCCCUCUUCAUACUUCCAACUACAAAUCAAACACUCCUCUACCACCACCACCACCACUUCCUCCUCCUUCCUCCCCCCCAUCAGAUCCUCCGUUUCCCAAAAACCACCCUUCCACCCUCCUUCACUCUCCCCACAAUCCACCAAACUUCCGAUCCGUAAAAUCCCCGGCGAUUACGGUAUCCCCUUCAUCGGUCCUUACAAAGACCGUCUCGAUUAUUUCUACAACCAAGGCCGCGACGAUUACUUCAAAUCACGAAUCCAAAAAUACCAAUCCACAAUCUUCCGUACAAACGUGCCACCUGGACCUUUAAUCGCUCAAAACCCAAACGUCGUCGUUUUGCUAGACGCUAAAAGCUUCCCAAUCCUCUUCGACGUUACUAAAAUCGACAAAACCGAUGUCUUCACCGGAACUUACACUCCGUCAACAGAACUCACCGGCGGUUACAGAGUCCUCUCCUAUCUCGAUCCCUCCGAACCCAAACAUGAACAGCUCAAAAAUCUUAUGUUUUUUCAACUUAAAUCUCGGAGCCGCCACGUCAUCCCUGAGUUUCGUUCAUGUUACAAAGAACUUUUCAACGCGCUCGAGAAAGAGCUCGGUGAGAAAGGUAAAGCGAGUUUCGCUGAAGCGAAUGAUCAAGCCGCUUUUAAUUUCUUAACUCGUUCACUUUACGGUGUUAACCCAAUUGAAACUCAACUUGGGCUUGACGGCCCAAAAAUGAUUCAGAAAUGGGUUCUGUUUCAGUUAGGCCCAGUUUUAAAAUUGGGCCUACCUAAAUUUUUAGAAGAUACAAUGAUCCAUAAUUUUCGUCUCCCCCCGAGUCUCAUUAAGAAAGAGUAUCAAAGACUUUACGAUUUUUUUUACGAAUCUUCGGGAUUCGUGCUAGACGAAGCGGUUCGUUUGGGUGUUUCGCGAGAAGAGGCUUGUCACAAUCUAUUAUUCGCGACGUGCUUUAAUUCGUUUGGUGGGAUUAAGCUAUUUUUCCCAAACGUGAUGAAAUGGAUCGGACGCGGUGGUGUAAGUCUACAUAUGAAACUAGCGAAGGAGAUUAGGUCCGCCGUUAGAUCUGCCGGAGGGGAAAUUACCAUGGCGGCGAUGGAGAAUAUGCCGUUGAUGAAAUCGGUGGUUUACGAAGCUUUUAGAAUUGAUCCACCGGUUCCGUUGCAAUUUGGGAGAGUGAAAAAGGAUAUGGUGAUUGAGAAUCAUGAGAAUGGUUUUUUGGUGAAGAAAGGAGAAUUGUUGUUUGGAUAUCAACCUUUUGCGACUAAGGAUCCUAAGAUUUUCAAUAGAGCUGAGGAAUUUGUUGGGGAUAGGUUUGUUGGUGAAGAAGGUGAGAAGUUAUUGAAAUAUGUGGUUUGGUCUAAUGGACCUGAAACUGAAUCACCAAGUGCUGGUAAUAAGCAAUGUGCCGGUAAAGAUUUUGUUACUUUGGUUUCUAGGCUUUUGGUUGUUGAAUUGUUUAUGCGUUAUGAUUCCUUUGAGAUUCAAGUUGGUACUUCGCCUUUGGGUGCUUCUAUUACACUUACAUCUCUAAAGAGAUCUAGUUUUUAAUUUUUUUAACUUUUAUUUUUAUUUUUAUAUAAGUUAAGGCGAUGGUUAAAUUUGUGGGUUUUUAUUAUGGUAGUGUUGUCAUGUAAUGUAGUAUGUGUUGAUAUUUAUUUAUGUAUGUAGGUGUAGUUUUGGUUAAUUAGAGUGGUGUAGUAAUGGUUUGUAGUUGUUGGUGGGUCAUCAAUCAAGCACUAUAGUAUGGGAAUGGGACGAGGGUGGUGGCAUUGAUAAUGUUCUCCACUACCGAAGUGGAUGAGACUUGGAGCCAUUUUUUUUAGAUUGAAGACUUGGACCCAAUUUGUACUAUAUGGAGUUUGAGUUUGUAUCAUCUCCAUCCAAAUCUUCUUAAUCUGUGGCAAUAAAAUUAUCAUAAGAUAUUGAUGGGAUUUGUUGGUUUUUUUAGUAGAAAAUAUUUACAUUAUUUAUUAGGGUUACUUACAUGGAUGAAAAUUUGGAAGUUAA